AGACGUGGAGGAAAAUUAGCCACAAAACCGUUCCCCCAUCACCAACCUUUUCAGUUUUGUUUGAUCCAACAGACGAUUUCGUAACACCGGCAGUGUACAAGUGUUCAAACUCAAACAAACACCAGAAAUCUGAGCGAAAAAUGGCAAAACUUUUGCUACUUGCUGUAGUCCUCAUUGCGUCUUCGCUCCAGCAAAGCGAAGCGGCGAUAAAAUGCUACUACUGUAUGGAAGCGUGCGAAGUUUCCAAAGCCGAUUUUAAAACGUGCGGCCAAAAUAUUGGGCCAUCGCAGGAGGCUGUGUGUACCACCGAAUGGGCCAAAGACACCAAAGCCCGGAACAUGGCCAUCAGGAAGUGCCAAAUUGUUUCAAAAGGCACAGAGCCUGCAUGUCCAACGAACUCCGAAUGUAAAUCUUGCAAAGAAGAGUUGUGUAAUUCUGCCCCCAGUCUCGCAACCAGCAUGACUCUGUUUAGCGUCGUUUCAGCUGUUCUUGUUACCAAAUUUUUGUAAAUUAAUGUUUUGUAAUUUAAUGUUUAAUAAAAUAAUGAGUGGAAUGUGGUUGAUCCGCCUACGAAUAACGUUCUAGAAUUGUGCUGACCUUCACAAUUUCUCAAAGGAGCAGCAGAUCUCUGACUAUUUCCUGCAACGUAAAAUUCGCUUUGUGGCUAAAUAUUUUUGUACUUAAUUAAUUUCUUAUCGCCUUUUUACUAAAAAUAAACGUUUGUACACAACUGCUAUUGUUCAAAUGACUUUUACUCUCGCAAUAAUUUGUAGUACCAACAAGUCUACUCAAAGAAUAAAAACAAUAAAUGGGGCGAUGUUAAAUUUUCGAGGUCUCAGCAGGAAUUCAUAUUAAUUUUUGUGAUAGAAUUUUUGUAAAAAUCAACACUCAAAAUGAUAAUUUUUAUGUCUAAGUUUUACCAGAAAAAGUAAUAAAACACGAAAGUCAUAGGAUUAUUCUCAAAAAAAUACAGUAAAAGUUCUUAACAACGGACACCGAUGGGAAUCUUGUCCGUUGUGGGAGAGGUGGAAGGUGGAAAUUUUAAUAUAGCUUUUGUUACGUUUCUACAAAAAUGUCCGUUGUCAAGAGGUGUCCGUUAUUCGGAGGUGUCCAUUAAGGGAGGUUUUACUGUAAUCGCACAAAAUGCAGCGUUUGCUGUUAAAAUACUUUAUAAUUUUCUCUGCGUCGGUGAUUUUUUUCAGAUUUUUUUACAAUUACUUAUAAUAUAUAAGUUAAUAUUAUUAAGUAGCUGCAAAAAAAUAUUAUUUCUCAGGUCCUUUGAGAACAAUAGCUGGGGUUAAAUGUUUUUUGUGUACAAAAUGUCAAAUUUUCCAAUAAACGUAAGUUUGGUGGAGCCAUCAGUUUUACUAAGAAUUCUUUGUUCACAACAUUGUUGCUUUAAAAAAUUAAUUAAUGUUUGUAUAUGGUAUUUCCAUAACGUUAUUGGUAUUAAUAUUUUAUGAAUUAAUUUUAAUUAUAAGGAAGAGUAGAAAACUUUAAAAAAUCACAUAAAUUGGAGAAAAAAAUGUAGUUAAUACCAAACGGUUAAGUAUUUUAUUGUAGUUUUUUUGCAAAUUAUUUAUGUGUCCAAAAUCUCCUCUGAUCAUUAUUAAUACCUUCCUCAAUACGAAUUUAGACUUUUCUUGUUGGUUUUAACUGCAGCAAAUAAAAGCCAAUAAAGAAAAUGUAAAAUUGUGGUUACGAGAUGGCGCUUGCAGUUGGCUGUGUAACAUUGCAGACGUCGUCAUAGUUGAAUCUUAUCGAUUCGAUUUUAUUUGUUGCCUAGCCCACUACGAUUCAAACAGUUGAAAAAUCAGUCGACUACGAGUUUCCCAACUUUCAACAGUUGCAAUAGUAUUGACCGCCAUUUUGUACCGAACUGACCGCAAUUGUUGAAGAAAAACACCAACAAAAUGGCGAAAAUAACCGUGCUUUUCCUGCUUUUGGCUGUUAUCCAAGCUAGUCUGGCAUUGAAAUGCAAGGUGUGCGCCGACAACGAUGGUUCCUGCAGUACUUUAAAGGACGAGACGUGUCCUGCAGGCGGCUCCGACCGGGAAGCGGCCUGCUUGAUCCACAUUUACAAAGAUGCGGCCACCAAAAAAGAAAUGACUGAGAAAAAAUGUGUCAAUCGGUUCAAAAACACCGGAAAGUACGACUGCAUCGAAAUCCCAAACAACCAACAGGUCAAGUGUUACACAUGUGUUGAGGAUUUCUGUAACGAGAAAAACUCAGCCACGAAAUUCGGGGUUGUGGGGCUUGUCAGUCUCGUAUUAUCCAUUUUGGUGUCCAAAUUGUUGUAAUUAUGUUUGUAAAAAAUAUUUUGUAUAUGUGUAUUUAUUAAUAAAUUAUACACUGUA